AUCAUCCACCGCGACCUGGCGUGCCGCAACGUGCUCGUCGACGCUGACGGUGCCGCCAAGCUGACCGACUUUGGUCUGUCGCGUGUGCUCGACCGUGCCAACAGCGAGGCGCAGACGCAGUCGACGUUCGGGCCGAUCCGGUGGCUGCCGCCCGAGUUCCUCACUGACGCCGUCUACUCGAAGGCCGGCGACGUGUACAUGUUCGGCAUGUUCCUGCUCGAGCUGCUGACGGAGCAGUUCCCGUACGCCGGUGUGGACAACCUGCUGGACGUGGCGGCGAUG